AUGUUCCCUCUGACCCACCAACCUCUGAAACACCUCGCUUACGUCGAAUGGUUCACCCCGUUUUCUUCAAUGCCAGACUCGCGGCAUGGUAUGUACAAAAUUUCUUGUUUCCUUCGUUCGCGCGAGAGAGUCGCUAGUAUAAUCCCUGUUUCAAACAUUGCUCGCAGUAUACACCUUCUACCGAAGUUUGGACCAGUUGCACCUCGUCACUGGACAAGCAACACCAUCCUUGAAGAAUGUAAUACAUUUUUUUGUUAA